CUUUACUUGAUUCUAUGUUGUUUAAGCCACCUACAGCUUGUGUUCCCGCAAUCCGCCGGUCUUUCGUGACAUCUCUCAUUCGCGCCGGCCAGCAAAGAUCUCGGAGUUCUCUUUCUGGAAUCACCAACCACUCGGCUUCAAACUAUCGCAAAUCUAGUUAUAUAGCCCCAAGCAUGGCGGAAGAUGUGCCAACGGGGGGCGAUCCCUUUCCCAACCCCAUCUCCGGCACCACCGAUGAAGCAAGCUGGAAGCAUCGGCCACCAUACAAGAUCCAAACAGAUGAAGAAUUCGGUCCUGUGAAAUGGACCGGAAGGUGCCAAUGCGGGCAGGUAGAGUACAAAAUAAAUCGAGAGAAGCCAUUGAAAUCGAAAUACUGCCAUUGUCGGGGGUGUCAAGUAUUGCAUGGUGCCCCGUUCCAGUGGGCCACUAUAUUCCACAAGUCCGAUAUUACAUUCACCAAAGGUGCUGAUGGCCUAGCCUUCUAUUCAUCUAUGGAGAAAUCGAGAGAGUAUAUGAACCCAACGAAAGUGUCGUGUUCGUUCUGUCGGACCCCGAUCAUGGAUGAGGGGCGCAAUGUUUGUCUUCUAUUCCCUGCGUCUAUUGACUCUGGGGAGACACAUGAGGAGAGAGAGAAGUGGAUUAAUGCAUUUGAAGUAGAGUGUCAUAUUUUCUACAGCCGACGGGCUGUCGAGAUCCCAGAUGGAAAGCCGAAAUGGUCCGAGUUGGAUGAUAGUAGCGAGCUUUUGGAUGAUUCGGGUAACCCUAAGAAGGGCAAAUCAUGAGGUUCAAUGUACAUUUCUUUGGCAGAUUGAUGUAAAAGAUUAAAAGAAAUAUAAAAACAAAAGGAAGAUUUAGGUUGCA